AUGCCUGCUCCGACUGCUAUCCUUCAACAGGUGGAAGCUACAGGCAUUCCAGUGGCUCAGAUACCUGACCAGGAUGAUGAAGUUCUAAUUGAUGUCCAGGCGGAACUUGACGUGUCAAACCCUGUGGAAAACUCACCCGAAGAUAAUGAAAUGCGCAUCGACGAAGAAGGCCGCCCCGUCUUCACCCCCGCAAAGGAAACUAGCGCCGCCUACCGGGUUGAAAAUCGCAAGGUUCCCGUUCCGCCUCACCGCAUGACCCCUCUCAAGGCGAACUGGACCAAGAUCUGCCCUCCGAUCGUUGAGCACCUCAAGUUACAAGUGCGGAUGAACGUGAAGAGCCGUGCGGUGGAGUUGCGGACCUCCAAAUUCACCACCGAUGUGGGUGCCCUGCAGAAGGGUGCAGACUUCGUCAAGGCGUUCACCCUUGGCUUUGAUAUUGAUGACGCGAUCGCUCUUCUACGACUGGAUGAUCUCUACAUCGAAACUUUCGAGAUCAAGGAUGUGAAGACGCUGAAUGGAGAGCAUCUGGGCCGUGCCAUUGGCCGAAUUGCUGGCAAGGAUGGAAAGACCAAGUUUGCCAUUGAGAAUGCCAGUCGGACUCGAGUUGUCCUGGCUGAUGCGAAGAUUCACAUUCUUGGUGGAUUCAAGAACAUUCAUAUAGCACGAGAGGCUAUUGUUAGUCUGAUCUUGGGUAGCCCUCCGGGCAAGGUUUACGGCAACCUUCGAACGGUGGCUUCGCGCAUGAAGGAGCGUUUCUGA